GGAAUUCAGCUCUCCUGAAAUCUAUGCCGCUUGUUCACUCCGCCAGACGUUCAGACGUUCGAGAGGGCCACGUUACAGCACGACCGUUCAUCGAGUGCUCUUGAAGGUCUGGUUCCUGUCCCAUCAGAGGCAUGGCAUCGCCGCCAGUGCAGAGCACAGAAAUUAGUAUCUUAACUCCAGACUACAUGGCUCUGCUUCACAGCAUGUGCACCAUCACGAAGCCGAGUCUUAAUGAUGUCACCGCCAUCUUCAAGGAAUUCCGCCGUUCUUUGGAUGCGAGAAAGCCCAAACCUUCCCCAAAACCAUCCAAGUCGUCGCCGAGUUCCUCCGGCACUUCCGAAAAACGUGGUCGCAAGUCUGCUACUCGUGCCAGUGCUGCGAGCGACGAUGCCGGCGGCGACGACUGCGGAAUAGCACACACUUCUGUGGGCUUUGAACGCUCCUGCACGUGGGAGCCGGACGAGAAGCGCUGUUGGAUCAUGUCAGACAUGGAGCUGUGGAACCGCAUUCUCGCCCACGACUGCAUUGAACUUCGGCAGUUCACGUGGUGCGAGCUCGCGCUAAUGGGCUACCAUUGGCCCGAAAAGAAAACGGGUGACCAAGACAUUCUUCGCGCCUCGCUACUCAUCCACGUGCUGCUUCGACAACACAGGUGCGUGACGUACAUAUACUUGGACUUGGAUUAUACGGCACUCGAGAAACACGUCUUGUGGCACGCCCUCAAGACUGGCGCCAUGGGAGUCAAGCGACUGGAGUACCGGCAAAACUUCAUGGACAUGAUUUGCGCGGUGAAGGGAUCCCGGCGCCACAGCCCGUCUGCCCUGCUGGCGGCGGCGGCUCACAGCCGGUCGUUACAGUCGCUUAUACUGCUGGGAUUCUUUUAUUGA